CGGCUGCACUUCCGGCUGGUGGCAUGGCGGCAGCUGCCGGCGUCGGGGUUGUGCGACGGCGCGUGGCGUGCGCCGUGUCUGGGGGCGUGGACAGCGCCGUGGCCGCGCUCCUGCUGCGCCGCCGAGGCUACGAGGUCACGGGGGUGUUCAUGAGGAACUGGGACCCUCUGGACGAGCGGGGCGCCUGCUCCGCCGACCGGGACUGCGAGGACGCGGCCCGCACCUGCCACGUGCUGGACAUCCCCUUCCGCCAGGUGUCCUUCGUCAAGGAGUACUGGCACGACGUGUUCACGGACUUCCUGAACGAGUAUGAGAAAGGGCGCACCCCGAACCCCGACAUCCUGUGCAACAAGCACAUCAAGUUCCAGGCUUUCUUCCGCUACGCCCUGGACCAGCUGGGAGCCGAGGCCAUGGCCACCGGCCACUACGCCAGGACGUCGCUGGAGGACGAGGACGUCUUCGAGCAGAAGUACGUCCCGAGGCCCCAGGGCCUCUUCAGGAACCGCUUCGAAGUGAGGAACCCCGUGAAGCUUCUGCAGGGGGCGGACACCGCCAAAGACCAGACCUUCUUCCUCAGCCAGGUCUCCCAGGAGGCCUUGCGCAGAACCAUCUUCCCCCUGGGGGGGCUCACCAAGGACUUUGUGAAGAAAAUCGCUGCGGAGAACGGCCUCGGGCACGUGCUGCAGAGGAAGGAGAGCAUGGGCAUCUGCUUCAUCGGGAAGCGGCACUUGGAAAGCUUCCUGCUCCAGGUGAGGCGCCGUUGGCAGGGCCCGCCCGUGGAGCGUGUCGGGGCCGCGGGGGGCUUCCUGCGUGUAAGGACGCCGUCUUUCUUGCAGUAUUUACGUCCUCGUCCGGGGAACUUUGUUUCCAUCGAGGAUCACAAGGUUUUGGGGACGCACCAAGGCUGCUUCCUAUUCACCCUGGGCCAAGGAGCUAAAAUCGGGGGCCUCAAGGAUCCCUGGUACGUGGUGGAGAAGGACAUGAGCAGCGGAGACGUGUUGGUGGCCCCUGGCCCUGACCACCCCGCCCUCUACCGAGAAGUGCUGCGCACAGGCCGCGUGCACUGGAUCGCGGAGGAGCCCCCGGCCCGCCUGGUGCACGACAAGAUGAUGGAGUGUCACGUCCGCUGGCGGCACCAGAUGGCGCUAGCUCCCUGCGUGUUGACGCUCAAUCAGGACGGCAGCGUGUGGGUGACCGCGGUGAAGCCCAUGAAAGCCCUCGCCACGGGCCAGUUUGCCGUGUUCUACAAGGGGGACGAGUGCCUCGGAAGCGGGAAGAUCAUGAGACUGGGGCCCUCGGCCUACACGCUGCAGCUGGGCAGGAGCCAGGCCGCCGCGAGCAGAGAGGCCUCCAAUGGCAGUGGGGACCCCGGCCCCCCCGCGGCCCCCCCCCACUGAACCCUGGGAGCAGGAUCGCAGCGGGCCGGACUCUGGGCCUGCCCCCGGCUGAGGACAAGCUCUGCAGGGCCCCGACUGCCCCCCCCCACGCCAGCGGCCAGGGGCAGGAAGCGUGGGGGUCCUCGCUGUGGGGGCCCAGCCCAGAGGCUGACCGCAGCGGGGAGGCCCCCCCGAGCCUCCGUCAGACGCCCCGCGUCCCCCUUGGGCCUUCUGGGCAGAGGCCAGGAGAGGUCUCUCAUGUGACAGGUGAGGAGAUGGAGGCGGCCCGGGCGAAAGAUUGGCCAGGAUCAGCCUGUGUGUGCGUCUUCCCAGCCCUGGGCCCUGGCCCGGAGCCGUCCGGCUGCUGCUUCGUGGCGACUUAGAAGUCAGGAGGACCCGAGUUCAAAUCUGGCCUUAACACUGUGUGACCCUGGACAAGUCACUUAACCCCAACUGCCUCAGGAAAAAAAAGAAAAAGAAAUAAAGUUGUGAAGUGGC